UUCGCUGGUGCAGCAGGUGAGCGAUCAAUUAUCGUUAAUAUCGGGACAUUAGCCGCUUCGGGUUGAACGGUGCGCAGUUCACGACGAUUCGAACGACCGAAAUCAGUGAGAAUUGUGGCGAUUUUAGUGUUGUCUAGCCAGUUAAUGGAUUAUUUAAAGAGGUGCACGAUCGAGAUCACCGCUGAAAGGCUUGUUGGCUCUUUUUUUUUACAGUGAUAAGAAGUUUUCAGUUUGUUAGAAACGAGCUAGACGGCGAUCUUUACUCGUUUGUGUUUGUCCUUAAACGAGGAUCAAUAACUUCGCGAUUGACAGAAGAGAAAAGAACGGAUGCGACGCGGUUUCGAGAUUAAGACACAUCAGCAAAACCUAGAUUAAUUUAUUACGUCCAUUCAGAAAACAUACGUCCACUCGUUGUUUCUCCCGUAUCAGUAACCGCGCGGAAAAAAGUGAUGCAUGAAAAGUCUCGAUAUUACAAGGCACGUGUUUGUAUUGGAGUAAGAGCUACUUUGUGUGUAUGUGUGCCAGGUGCACUGUUGCAUCCCUCUGAUGAGCGCCAUGCACCGUUUAAACCAUAGCCGUAAUGUCAUCCCGAAGGCUACUUCUUAGUAAUUCACAAAGGGUUCACUCUUCCGUGAAGUACAGCGCAUGGAUACUUUCCAGGCAAUACCUAGCACGUACCUUGCUAGAGAAAUAUUUGUGGUAGAUCCUCGGUGAAUCAAGAGCAUGGCUUCUGGUGCGUCUUCCUUGGAUAGUGCUGGAAGUAGUGAUGGAGCACUCAAUAUGGAAAGAGAUAGUGGAAGCUAUGGCAGUGUCGGAAGUCCUGUUGGUGGUCCUGAAUGUCAUAGUGAUUAUGAUGGUUUGCAAGCUCAGUGUGAUCAAGCCAUGCAUCAGCUUCAGCUGCUUAGGCAUAAACACUCUGAUACCAUAAGACGGUGUGAACAUACUAUGAAGGAAUUGGAAUACUAUAGAGGACAACAUAUAGCAGUCAUGAAUCAGUUGGAGGCAACGUCACAGGAAAGUUCCGCAUUGCGGGGCAAAUAUGGAGAUCUAGUGAAUGAUAAGCAACGUCUUGACCGGGAGGUUCAGGCGUUGCAGAAAGAAGUAUCAGAUCUAAGAUGUCAGAAUCAAGAAGUUCUUGUUUCUGAUGCUAGUAAUAGUGACACAAUGAAUCAGCACUAUUUAUCUGCACUUCGAAAAUAUGAUGCUGUUAAAGAUGAAUAUGAUGCUCUUAGGAAACGGUACGAUGACUUAAUAUCGUCACAUUCGUCGGCCGUUAAUAAGUUGGAACUAUCACAAGAAGAAGCAGUAAGAUUAAAGAAACAGUAUGAAGAAGUUGUUCAAGAACGUAACAGUGCAGUUCGUGAGAGGAAUGGUUUGAAACAGCAAUGUACUGCUGCGAUUAGGCAGUGGGACAUAGCAUUAAGAGAAAGAAAUGAAUAUCGUGAAGCCUUAGCAAAAGUGCAGCAACAGCAUGAAGAAGCAGUUAAAGAAAUCAAUCAUGCAAUGGUGCUACGCAUGAAGGCUAGUAAGGAUAUGAAACGAUUGACAGAAGAAAGGAAUGCUGCAUUACAAGAAUACAGUUUAAUUAUGGGCGAGCGUGAUACAGUACAUAAGGAAAUGGAAAAAUUAGGUGAUGAUCUCACACAAGCAUAUACAAAAAUCACGCAUCUAGAAAAUCAGAAUAAGCAACUUAUAGAAGAGAAAAAAGCUUUAUCUUACCAAAUCGAAACUUUGCGAAGAGAAAUUUCGUCCGCUCUGCAAGAUCGCGACGAAGCAUUAAAACAAUGUAACGAAUUACGUCAGAAGUUCGGUGAUUAUUCUGAAGGUUCAAAAAGAGACUAUAAAAAUCAUAUGGAAUUACACUCAUACAAUCGCGAACGAGAUAAUUCGAACAAAGAAGCCGAAAGGGAAAAUAGCACGGUAGAUUACACAAAACGAGAUAAGGAGCGUAUGGAUAACUUGGAUCAAGCAAACUUGGAAUUGGACAAACUCAGAAAAUCUGUAGAUAAAUUGCAAGCUGAACUUGAAGAAGCCCUUCAAGAAGCAGAGGUAUCGAAACGAAGAAGAGAUUGGGCAUUCAGUGAAAGAGAUAAAAUAGUUUUAGAAAGAGAAAGUAUUAGGACACUAUGUGAUAGAUUAAGAAAGGAACGUGAUCGUGCAGUUUCAGAAUUAGCGGGUGCUUUACGUGAUUCUGAUGAUAUUAAAAAGCAACGAAAUGAAGCUUCAAAGGAAUUGAAGGAUCUCAAAGAGAAGAUAGAAUCUGGCGAUCAUGCGUUAAGAGCAAGUCAAUUUGCGCAAGGUUUAACGCAUACUCAUGAUUCGACGAUCGACACAGACGUUAGCGAUUGGGAAAUUCUUACUAUUCAUUUGGAUCUUAGUCGACUUUGCCUGGAUUCCGAUCGUGAUUUAGGAUUAACGUUGGUUGGAGGACGGGACAGUCCAUAUUAUCCGAACGACACAGGAAUUUAUGUUGCUCAAAUAACGUCAGGUAGUGCUGUUGAUGGCAAAUUGAGAGUGAAUGAUUGUAUUAUGCGAGUAAACAGCGUGGAUUGUACAUCCGUGUCCACGCGUGUAAUUAUGGAAACUCUACGUACCUGUUCGGUGGGAUCAGCUACAUUAACGGUAAGAAGACGGCGUUUAACCAGACGAUCGUUAAGGACAACGCAAUUACCUGUUGGUUCUGUUCCUCAUGGAAUUUCUUUGGAACUUGGAGUGUAUAUUUCGAAAAUUUCUCCUGGUAGUCUAGCUGCUAAGGAUGGCAAUCUUGCUGUAGGAGAUAGAGUUUUAAAUAUUAAUAGUAAAGCAAUGGAAGGUAUUAAUUCCAGUCACGAAGCAAUGACAAUUUUAAACGAUACUAGUACAGAUGUACUAACUAUUACAACCUUGAAAGGAAUACCAUUACCUUCAGCAACCAGUUCUGAAACUAUGACUAUAGAUGGAAGUUUUGGAACGGAAAAACAGAAAAUGGUAAAUAGUUGUUCUCAAACGGAACAAGAAAGAAUGAUGUUAAAAACUGCAUCGGAUGAUUACGAUAGACGAUAUCUUGCAACGAAUUUCGGUGAUAGAAGUGUUUAUAAAGUUUCAAAGUCGGUUAGCAGCGAAAAGCCAAGUGGAAUUAGCAAUGCUUGGGACAACAUCCGAGAAAAAAUCGAUAUAGUACGGGGACGUAAACAUAGCAAAGAUCGAGAGGAGAAGAAGAAGAGACAUCGUAAUUCCAGUACAAAUACUUUCGAACAAGAACAGGAUGCAAUUGCAGAACUAGAUUCCGUAAUAGAGAGCUAUCACAAGAAAGCGAAUAACGGAGUAUUGAAACGAAGUAAGCGACGCGGAACUGAGAAAGUUGAGAAAAAUGGAGGUACGUGGCCGAAAGCUAGAGGUGGACCUCUGAUACAAAAUGGUACUGGUACUAUUUUACAUCCACGUAAGACAAAAGAAAGGCUGCCCUUAAGUGUACUCCUUAAUCCACCAAAGUAUGAAAGUUAUAAUCGUAUUUCCAACCCGAUUCCCUUAACCAGUUUUCCGAAUGUUAACAAUCGGCAUACAGUUUAUAAGUCUUUUGAAAAACCAUUACCAAAUUUCCUUAAGACUGGACCGUUAUUUAGUCAAAAAUCCUUUACUCCAGUGGUGCAGUUCAAAGAUAUCCCGAUAGAUAAGAAACCGGCAACCGAAUUCGAGAGCACGGAAAAUAGACUCAGUUCUACGCUGACACCGUCCGAAACGAGUAUCGACUUUUCUGUGAAAUCCGGUAACACGGGAAAAGAUGUAGAAUAUUUCUCGAAGAAGAGAGCUCAAAAGUAUACCCCUAGCAAUGACAGCCAGAUAGAUACGUUGCAGCAUAACAGAGCGCAAUCUCAGCUCUAUUCGGGGGCUGGAUCCUCAACAUCGUCGACCAGCGGCCCAAGACAGCAAUUGACUGGUAACUUUUCUUUUCCCCCCUAUACGCAUUCGCAUCCACACCCCCAUCAACAGAAUUCGUUACCCUCGAGAUACCCAUCCCCGCCGUCUUUGCCGUCUGCACAGUCCGGGGAGUCGAUAGGACUUCCCGAUGCACGAUCAUAUUGUUUCGAACCUUCGUAUAGUCCUGGUCCGCAAACAGGAUUUGGUCAUUUGCACACACCCUCUGUAGAUUUGCAUUAUCACAAAUCUCGCGGUCCACCGAUCGGCACCACGUACGACGUGCCAGCGUACACGCUAGGCUACGAAGGUGGAACUUUUCCGAGAAAAAAAGAAAAUCAACGCUUUCGAAUACCGUCAAAUCCUAGUGUGACGUCGAAAAGCAGCGUGGGUAAAUUGUCCACCGGCAGUAUAGAAAGAACCUCGGAAAGAGGCAGCCCGAUGCCAACAUUCCAUGUGGAAGUACUUAGUCCGGGCACCGGCGGUGGAAGCAGUUCCGGAGGAACCGUCAGAGGAAGUAGUAGCAACAAACGAUCCAGCAUGCCAGAUUAUUGUUACUCUCAACCUAGGCCUGCACCUGGGGAACUUCGUAGAGUUCAUAUAGACAAAUCGGUCGAGCCGUUAGGUAUUCAAAUUUCUUGCUUAGAAAGCGGUGGUGUAUUUGUCUCUACCGUUAGCGAGCACAGUCUAGCUUCCCAGGUCGGUCUUCAGAUCGGUGAUCAAUUGCUCGAGGUCUGUGGCAUCAAUAUGAGAAGCGCUACUUAUCAGCUUGCUGCCAAUGUGUUGCGCCAGUGCGGUAAUUCCAUUACGAUGCUGGUGCAGUAUAGUCCAGACAAAUACAACGAAUUAGAGGAAGGAUCUGCUUCCUCGAGUUCAUCAGAAGCUGGCGGUGCCGAAGGAGGUAGUCGUAGUGGGUCUCCAACUCCGUGUAACAGUCCCGAAGCUCCUAGAAAGACAACUAUAGAGCCAUUGGAAACCUCGGAACCUGAACGUGACGCUUCUAGUAGUUUAAGUACAACACGUGAUACUUCCAAUACGUUAACUAUUAUGCGUGAAACGUCGAAUACCUUGGAACCGCCUCGUACGAUUCGGGAAAGGGAUAUCAGAAAUUCUGCUUCCUUAGAGGUGCGAGGUACUCAAGAAAGGGAACGAGAAAUUAGAGCGUCAGCGUCUUUGGAUAUCAAUAUUAGGAAACCAGAACUUCGUAAUUCUGCAACGUUGGAAAAUAUGCGUAAUUCAGUAACACUUGACACAUUACGCGGUACCGCCAACACACUGACACGCGCACAGCUCAACCAAGCAGCAACCACGUUGCAACGACAAAAUGCCACUGUACGAAGCCCAACCCAGGAAGACCAGAAUCGUAAAAGUCCACCACCGAGUGAACCGAGAUACUUGUUUAUCGAGACCAGAAAAUGUUCUAAUCUUGGUAUUUCGUUGGUGGGUGGAAAUGGUGUUGGGAUAUUCGUACAUUCUGUACAGCCAGGCUGCCUCGCGGAAGAAGCAGGACUGCGUACCGGUGAUAGAAUUCUAGAAUAUAAUGGCGUGGAUCUCAGGCAAGCAACUGCUGAACAGGCGGCUCUGGAAUUAGCUAGACCGGCGGAUAAAGUAACGUUGAUCGCUCAAUACGUACCUGAAAGGUAUAACGAAGUAAAGGAUAAGCCUGGAGACAGUUUCUAUGUGAAAGCAAUGUUCGAUCGGGUAGGUGAAGUUGGAGACAGCCUACAACUUAGGUUUAAUAAAGACGAUAUUUUGUACGUCGAUAAUACAAUGUUCAAUGGUACGCCUGGUCAUUGGAGAGCUUGGUUGGUCGAUCAGACCGGAAGAAGACAAACGUGCGGUAUAAUUCCAAGUAAAUUCAAGGUCGAAGAAGAAUUACUUUUGCGACGAUCACUGGGUGAUUUGGAAACAGAUACAACUAGAAGAGGUAGUACCAGUGCAAGAAGAAGUUUCUUCCGUAGAAAGAAACAUCAGCGUUCGUCUAGUAGGGACAGUAAAGAAUUGUCGCACCUUACCGGGGUAAAUUUAGGUUGGUACAGUGAUAGCGGGACAUUGAACGAAGAAACCUUGCCGGCAAGUUAUCAACGCGUUGAAAGAUUAGAUUAUCCAGCUUUAAGACCAGUACUGAUUAUCGGGCCGCUAAGUGAAUGUGUAGUAACGAAAUUGUUGCAAGAAUUUCCUGGGCAAUUUACUAGGUGUCUUGCAGAAGCUAUGCAUUGUUCUCAGGCGACGCUCGAACAGGGUUUACGUGACUCGCUUUAUGUAGACUACAGAAAAAAAGGAAGCUAUUUCGAGUGUACUACGGUACAAGCUGUCAAGGACAUUUGCGAGAAGAAUACUCAUUGUAUUUUGGAUGUGUCAAUCGCGUCGAUCGAGCGACUCCAUCGACAUCAGAUCUAUCCUAUUGUUUUGUUGAUUAAAUUUAAGAGUACGAAACAAAUUAAAGAAGUAAAAGAUUCGAGAUAUCCAAGUGAUAAAGUUAGUGCCAAGGCUGCCAAGGAAAUGUAUGAACAGGCAUUGAAAUUGGAAGCCGAGUACAGGCACUACAUUUCUGCUGUAAUUCCUGCGGGAGUAAAUGUUGCGUAUAUUUGUACGCAAGUAAAAGCUGCAGUAGAUGAAGAGCAAAGCAAAGCCCUGUGGGUUCCUAGAGGACUUCCCUGACGUUUAAGGGGGGGUCCCCACAAACCGCAGUGGAAAUCAAUCUAAAUUCCACCAGGGGGCCCUUACGCUGUACGAUUGUACAAAAUUGUUACAAGUUUGUUUAUUUAUGGUCUCUUAGUUGUCUCGAAAUUAGACAAAGAUUUCGAUUCUUCCGUUUGUGGUUUAUUACAAUGGUUGUUUCAGUCGUUCUCGCUCAUUUUGGUUGUGAUGCAAUUAUACAAAUAUUGCAAUCUUCCUUUUCCUUUUUUUAAUAAUACGUUUUAUCAUAUUGAUCCUGAUACAAA